AUGGCUAAAGAUCAGGAAUUACUUCAGGCGGUAAAAUCCAACGACCUUGCAGCGUUCAGGAAGCUUGCAACAAAACUUAAAGCCUCUAAAACAAGUGAGUAAUACUGGAGGAGAAGAACUUUGAAACAAGACAAAAUGAAAUGUUAAGUACCUUUUGCUGAUUGAAUUUUCUUAAACAGGUGAAAUGAAGCUGUUUUAUCGAGAGCCGGCCAUUCAAUUUUAAUGAGGUUCUUAAUGAAGGUUUUAUGAAUUCUUGGGUUGUUUUAAAUGUUAAACCUGGUCUUUCGCGUCCUGCAUAUAACGAUCGCUUUGUUUCGCAAGAGCGGGGGAGAGGUUAAUUCGCUUGUCUGCGAAGUGUUGAUGGAUCAGCGUACUCUUUUAUUUUUUGAAUUUGUCUUUCAAAUUUAGUUUUGUGAAAGAAUCAGAAAGAAACCUUUUUAAUGGCUAACCUCAAUAAAAGAAGGCGCCAAUGAAUUUUACAAAUAUUUAUUCAAAAUGAAAUCAGAUUUGGGAUCUAUUUUGAUUGCGUCGAUCGGAAAUAUUUACAUGCGUUCAACUUUAUUUUGAGAGAUUUUAGAGAUUUUGAGGGGAUAAUUUGUAGUUUGCAUGACAAAUACAGGUUUCUAAUGUAUGUGUAAAAUAUUCUCUUUUAUGCUCUGAUUAAAUUUCACUCUAUAUUGUUUUGGUUUGAAAUGAGUUGGUGAUGUAAUGGUGAUCAUGAAGGAUACAGCUGUAGAUAAGAACACUCUAAAUUCUCUCGUGGGCAUUGUCAGGUUAUCUCUCUCUCCCUUUAUUCCUCAAGAAAAUGUGAUUAAAUCCAUAAUAUUGUUUACAAUUGGGGCAUUACCAUCCUUUGGACAUGUUUGUUUAUUUUUGAUAGUUUCCUAAAUUAUUUACUAAACACUCUAACUUUCAAGUUCUAAAUUUCUUUGAUAUUGUCUGCCGUAUAACUGAUAUUUUCCUUUUUAUCGAGACCAAAAAGAUUUUUAAAUUCACUUUACACCCGUUGUGCCCAUUCAAUUGAAUUCUUUCCUUUAUCGUUUUGACGUUAACGAGACAUAUUGAAAUACUGAAGAGGAUUAAAGUAACGUGCCUUUCUUGUGAAUGUUGUAUGUAAAGUAUACGUUAAAGUAUUAAGUCUCAAUAUUGCAGUGUGCUGUUCUGGUUUCUUUACUAUUAAGUAUAUUGUAAAAACCUUCAAAAACAGACACAAUUUUUUUAAACAAAAUUCAUGUUUUAAAAUCUCAUCAGAUACUCAACUGAGUGAGAAUUCAGGCUAGCCAUAUUCUAAGGAUUUUGAGAUACACAAAUCAAAACAGGUUUAAUACUUAUGUGAUGCAAAAUUGAGACUGAAAAGUAGUCGGUUUUUCCCUAAAUCGGCUUACCAUAUGAGUCUCACACGAGUGAACCAUGCAGGCCUCACACUGUUCAUGAGUACUUGAUUACACAAUAGUAUGGACUGUUUUGCAGUCUAGCUUUGAUUCUAAACUUUAUCUUGUGAACCAGCCUGCCUCUUGGUUUGGAAUCAAGCACCAAAAACUGUGCUUGAAACAGAGCUUAUAUACAGGUCCUGUAACUCAGGCCCAACUUUAAUCCUAACAUCUUGGUUAUGCUGGCAGGUGCACCUGCAAAAUGUCAAACCUAGCAUCAUCACAGUGUAUAUAUGUUGUUGUUCAAUUUUACAUGUAUCCUCAGUUUAAAUUUCUUUUCUUUUUUUUGGCAUGGUAAUGUAUGGUCAUCUGUUUGAACCAAAGAAAAUAAAAUUUAAACCAAGGGUAAAUCCACAACAUAUAUAGUUUGUAAUAGAGAAUCUAGACUGUAGCUAAAGUGACAGAAGAAACAAUAAAUAACGUCAAUAUCACAGGCAGCAUGCUGCUAUUGAUGCUGGAAAACAAUUAAAUCAUCUGAUUAUAUGAGCUGUUGGAGAGCACAAAUUUGUAACAAAUGAGGAUCCACAACUUAUACUGGUGUUGAUAUAAUGACAGCCUUUUGACGGCUAUACAUGUAAUGACACUGUGCUCCACUGAGGCUCUUGAUUUAUAUAGUGCUAUUUUAUCAUGUUAACAUUCUUACUUCUUCCCGCAAUGUUGACGAAAAUUUAAAUAGAAUGAGGACUGUUGAGGUGGGGUUUUUAAAACUCUAAUUGCCUUGUUGCUAUUUUAAUUUAAUUAGUUGUAAAUAGCAGAAAAAAAACAAAGCCCGAUAAAAAACAUUGGAAUUCUGCAGUGAAUACCAGUUAUUUUUGUCAAGUGCAUUGUUCAAAAACAACAACAACAAUAACAAUAAUAAUAAUAAUAAUAAUCAUAAUCAUAAUAAUAAAUAAUAAUUAUUAUUAUUGUUAUUAUAUUAUAAUAAUGUAAUAAUCAUGAUAAUUAUCAUUGUCAUUAUCAUGCAUGUAAAUUUUUUAUAUUUUGUAGAAAAAGGUGGCAAAAAGUACAAUGUGAACAUACAAGAUGAAGAUGGGUAAGCACAGCUUAUCUUCUUGGUGUACUUAAAUCUCUCCCCAGCCUGGUUGAAUUAUCACAUUCGCCCCCCUGCUUUUAGGGAGCAUUCACAAAAACUUGUUGGGUUGGGGGAGGGGGGGGGACUGAUGAGAAAUUAUCUACUAUCUAAAAAAUUUGGAGGACCCCUCCUUGCUGCAUUAAACAUUUUCAGGGACCCCCUUUUAGUAUCCCUAAAAUUGGAGACACCCCCAAACUACCUCUCAGUCCUAAUUUCUUCCUUGUCCUGGUAAAUUUGUAUAUCAUGGAUAAUAAGAAAAGUUCCUUACUUUUGCUGGCAUCAGUAAUACAGCCAGUCAAUGCUCUAACAAAGUCUACGAGUCCUCAGCUUCUGUGUUUAGAUAGAUUAGAUUUAGAAGGAGUGGAAAUGAUCAGCAGUAUAAAGUUUUUUGGCUCAGUUACGGUGUAGAAUGAUAUGCUUGGCUACAGGUGGAGCAUGAUUCUGUAGGUAGAAGGUGAUCAUAUGCAAACUCCCUUCAAUUCCCUUUAACUGACUCUAGCUACAGUUUUAGUUUACAGCACUAGCUCUCUUGGUGAGCUUGUGUUUAACAGCUACAUGUAUACCUAAGCAACUGAUGAAGGAUCCAACAUUUUGGUUCUGAAACCGGUCUUGCAGUCUCAGCUAAGCAGAGUGUUUUACUUAACCAUGGCACACUGAAUCUGGUACUAAAUAGAUCAGUGUCAUUUUGCAUACACAAUGGGAAGCUUGGUUCCAUACUUAAAACUAUGCGGUACUCCCGCUUGAGAGUGUUUAUAUUUUUCAAACACCCCGCUUUUGCCUCCAAUUUUUUUGUAGGACCCCCCAAUUUCUCAUCAGUCCCCCCCCCAACAAGUUUUGGGAAGGCUCCCUCACUAUAAUCAAAGUUUUUCAGACAUUUACUGGUCAUUUCCACUCUCCUUCACUUUCUCAUGUUUAAAGUAAUGGAACAGGCUCAUGUUAAUAAAGAUUUUUAAACAAAGAAUCCACAGAAUGGUUUUUUAAAAACAAUGUAGUGCAGGUAAAUUACCAUUGUUCUUCAGGAAGCAAACAUGAAACAAACAAUUUACAUUGGCAUGACAGAGGAGAUCUCACUAUAGUGUAUCACAGACUACAUGUACCUGUACCUGUACAGAUACCAAGUGCUGGUUGAGAAAAACUCCCGCAAAAAUUUCAUGCCACACAGUAUAAUUAUGGAUGUCUUGGACAACAAGACAGCCAUUUAUUUUGAACCCUGUUAAUGAAACUCCUGAAUACAAACUAGGCAUGACUACUGACAGAUUUCCUUUUUUUCCCAUGUUCACCAAUUCAUGGAGACUAUUUCUCACUAAAAUUUGCAACUUUGUUUUGAGACAGAUUUACGGCUUGUCAUCAUGCAUCGCUUAUGGGCAACAGUGAAAUUGUCCUAGGGCUUAUUGAUUUGGAUUGUGACAUCAAUGCUAGGGAUCACAAAGGUAUUUAUUUUUAUUCAUGCUUAUUUAAGUUGAAACAAGGCUGCGAAUAAUGGUCGGUCAUCAGACAUUGGCUGACUGAAAUUUGCUAGUGUCCAAUGAAAUCCUACCUGUGUUCAGACGUUAUGUCCGGAGAAUUUUUUUUACAUAAAAAGAAAGAAUAAAGAUCUAAAUCUUACUUUGUGUUAGGACGAUAUUAAAGUCACUUAACAACACUGAAUUGGGUAGCAAAGUUUUCUUUUACAUUAGUGUUACAUGUCCUCUGUUUUACCUGAUAUAAAGUUCAACCUUUCUUUGGUGGUAUCCGACCAAGAUGGAAUUUUGAACACAUUUCAAUUUAUAAAAACUUCAAGGGCAGGGCAACUCCAAGAAGGAAGGACAUCAUUUUUCUCAGCACAGACUUACAUUUAAAAAGAUAAAAAUGUGAUUACUUAAUGUAGUUUAAGCCAACUUUCCUGUUCCAGGAAAGUCCAUCCAAUCUCAAUAUAAUCCUCCUCGAAUGACUUUGAAAGUAAGGCACUAUGAGUUGCUAUUUUGGGCAUGUCCAUGCAUGUUGUCAUUCCAUGCAAAGUGAGAUUGCUGUGAAGAUGACAUUGAAAGAGUGUGAUCAAAGCCCUUGUUGAUUAUUUGUCUCAGAAAAUCUAGGACUCAAUUCAUUAUCUCCACCCUCCCCUCCCUUGGGGCUGUUUGCCUGAGAAGCCACUGAACUCAGCUUUAGUGUGACAGCAGAAUUACAGAAUUACAUGGAAAUUGCGUACAGUAAGCUAUGUGAACCAAGACUGAGUGGUUAGAAAUGUGAACAUAAUAACUGAUGAAAUGAAAGUCACAUCAAAAUCCUAAAUCCCUAGUUCCCUUUUAGCUAGUAAGCUGUGCGAUGAAGCCUGCUAGUGUGUGCUGCUUAUGAGGUUAUUCUCUCUUGCAAGGUUAUCAUGGAUACAAUCCCAGGGGCCCCACUCACAUAUUUUAAUGAUGGGGGGUCCGAAGGAUUUUUUUGGGUCUGACAUUUUGGCCAAAAGGGAUUUUUUGGGGUCUAUGAAAGAUGCCGGGAUUUUUUUGGGUAUUGUAUUUUUCAUCAGCUCAAAUCAACAAUAACAUAAGCGCAAUUUACUGCUUGUGUGGUAUUACGGGAACAGAAUAUGUCAAGCCAGUCAACCUCCAGCGUGACAGUGUAAAGAACAUACAACUUUUGGUCAAGCCCUACAAACUGCUCCAUGAUCAUGUGUUUGCAAGAUCCAGUGUAACAGAGGAAGUCAGCAUCUCUGAUGUCAUCAGUCCAGUUUCUCUGACUAGGAGGAGGGAAGAAUUUCAGCCUUCACUAGCCGAUGCUACUUACCUAGAAGCAUAUUUCCCAUUGGACAAUUAUGGUGACACUUCGCAAUACAUGGCUGAUGAUGGUCGAAGAGUCCAACUUUCCCGGACUCGGACAGGGUGACUUAGGCGAGCGGUUGUGUACACCGCACAUUAAUCACGAUUAAUAGAUCCGGUUUUUACUUUCCAAUGCUGUUUGUAAGGAUACAGUUUGGCUUGAAUUUCUAAUGAACAGUGUAUUAAUUUUCAAGGCUUAUAUUUGAUAGAGUUGAGUUGCCCCGAGUUGCUAUAUUUCACCACACUCCUAUGUAACACGCCUGGUGAAACAUGAUUUGGUGUGUAUGGAUGUGUUCCGUACCUGGUGGGAAUUGUCUGUCCACCUUUUGAGACAUCAGUUGCACAAAAACAUGGUGAAAAGUCUGAUGCCACAAGGUCUGUUACAUAGGGAUGUUUCGGUACAAUAGCAAGCAAAGAAUGUGCUAAGGACAAGACAUGCUGUAGAUGUCAUAAUGAAUAUCUUCCUGUAAAGUUGUCGCAGAAGAUAGGAUGAAGAGACACUAUAACGGUCAUGCAAGCUUUUUGUAUUUGUUUUUGUAUAGUUUUGUUUUUUACCAAAAACAAAGUUGAAGGUGGGAUUGUUUAGCUUUCCAGAAGAUAAAAAAUAAAAUUUGCUUAAGCAAAAACACUGAGGGGUUUUUUUUGGUAUUCUAAAAAAAGGAGGGGUUUUUUUGGGAGAGAAAUUCUGAAGUUUGGGUUUUUUUUGGGAUAAAAAAUGAAACCCUGUCAGACCCCCCCCCCCCGUCAUUAAAAUAUGAUAUGAGAGUGGGGCCCCUGGGGAUACAAUCCUGCGUUGCCUGAAUUUUAUCAGACCCACUUCUCCUCCCUGAUAAUUUUCCUAGACAAUGAGUUUGAUUCCAAUCCACUUCUCAUAUAGCCUCCCACACAGACAUUCUUUAGCUUGUCACGCAAUCCUGCCCAUCGUAGGGAAGGAAUGCAUGACGAAGCCCUAGGAGUGUUUACAUGGGAGGGUAAUUCUCAUAUUUUUCUGUUGUUCACUUAUCAGGCAUGUCACCAUUGCAUCUAGCAGCAUGGUCUGGAAAUGUUGAAGUUGCGCGUCUACUUGUGGAGACUGGAGCUCACAUUAAUGCAGGCUCAGAUAAUGGAGACACACCUCUUAUUUUAGCAUGUCAGCAUGGCAACUCUGAUGUGGUUUGUAAACAAAAUCCCAGUCUUUACCUGUGUAGUUGUUUUGGGUAAAUUUUAUCCUUAGUUUAAAUUUAUUUUCCUGGUAAAAUAUUAUUAUUGCAGGGCUUCUGAUAUUUCGCGGAAGAAAAAGCAAAAUUUUGCAGGAUUAUCAGGGGCAAAUUCGCGGAAAAAUCGGCCGAUUUCGCGGGAUUUUCGUGGGAGAAAAGUCAAAAUUCACCGGAAAAUCAUUCGAUUUCGCUGGAUUUUAGCGGAAAAAAGUCAAAUUUCGAAGGAUUUUCAGGGGCAAAUUCUUAGAAAAAUCGGCCGAUUUCACCGGAAAUUUCGGGGGGAAACUUCGCCAAGAAACAAUCACUAAAAAACAGCCGAUUUCGCAGGAUUUUUUUUUGGCAAAUUUCGCUAAAAUCGAUCAAUUCUGCGUCGAUAUGACCAGCGUUGUUUAACGUUGUUUUUUUAACAGAGAUAAUCAUUGGCUCUUUCAACAACAGUUUGCUUGAGAAAUGAGCGAAUGCUAAAGCUAUUAACAUUAUGGUUGGUGCCCAGUUUUUCGCAACAUUAUUCUAAGAACGCCUGGUAGUUUUGGGACGUUGUUUACUCGUUGCAGUGACGAAGUUUCAAGAUAAAUUUGGACGUUUGGGGUGAAUAAAACAGGUCUAAUGGCCAAGAUAAGUAUUAAAUAUGUUUUGCCGACAAGUAUUUGGAAAUAUUUCUGGCGGAUUUCGCGAUAUUGCGCGUAUUUUGGGGGAAUUUCGUGGGUCCGCGACCACGCAAAAUAUCAGAAGCCCUGUUAUUGGUAUGAUGAUGAGGAUGAAAUCAGCGAAGAAAAUGUGACCAAGGAAAGGAUAUUGUAAGGGGUGUGUGGGAUUGAGUUACAAACAUUGUGUAAGGCAGAAAGGAGAAUUAUCUGGGAGUUUAUCAAAAGUUAUAUGGGUUUUUUUCCAGGAAUCCCUUCAUUAUUGAACUACAAAUCAGCAAGGUAAUAACUUAGAGUUGUUGUCGUGAUGUUGAUGAUGAUAAGGUUCAUUUAUUGCCUGUACAGGUGGAUGUACUGUUAGACAGAGGCUGUAAUUCUUGGAGUACCAACAAAGGUGGAGAAUCUGCUUUGGACCUUGCGUGCAGAUUUGGACAUGUGCAUGUACGUAUCUUGUCAACUGUUAUCGAGCUACAUAUAACUACUAACUCAUAUUUAUCUGCUUUCCUCAAGUCUGGUUGCUUAAAAAGUGAUCAGAAGAAAACAGGGGGUAGGGGAUUUGACCCUUUCACUCCCUUGUUCUGUGGAGAUGUAAUAUAAAUGUUUUCUUUUCCCAUUGCUCACAAUAUACAUGGAAACAUUUUUUUUCAAUGAAAAUCAUUAUCCCCAUAAAUGACAACCAUGAUUCUAUGACUUUAUCCCUGUGUGCAUGCUAAUUCCCAUGCUGAUUUGACAGCUACAAACAGUUGCCAGAGAGAAGUUGCGAAAUACGUCCAUGCUUUCCAUUCCCCCUUCCCCCUCCUCCCUUCAUUAAAAGUUGCUAACAAUAGAAGGCCAUGCUCAAAACUUGGAGGAGCAAAUUUGAUUGAGGGGGAAGGAGGGGGUGUGUAUGAAGUGUAGUGCAGUGGUGUUUUUACCUGUAGAAAUUGUUUUGGGGUGAGCGAAUGUUGUGCCUGAGAAAACAGAAGACAUUUUGCAUUGCCACCAAUGGUUUCCCUGUAAAAUGACAUCUGAGAAAUGCAAAAAUUCCAUAGUGAUGAUGUGUCACUGGUACCUAGGAUUGGGGUAGUAAGGCAUCAUCAGUAUGGAAUCCUCAGAUGUCAUUUCACAGGAAAACCAGUGUUAGCAUUGCCAAACGUCAGCUGUUUUUUCUGGCAAGUGGAUGUUAUUUUUUUCAAGUGUUUGGUAGGUAUUUAUGUUUAGUGAUGUGGCUAUCAUUUUUUGAUAAUUUUCAAUGCGGUAAAUAAUUUGGUUUCUUGUAGGUUGUUGAACUGCUUCUCAAGUCAAAAGAAGUGCGCAGUGUUUUAGCAAGUGGUGAACCAACGAAAAACGAUCCCCCAUUACACUUGGCCUCCAAGACUGGUCAUGUGGAAAUAGUAAGGUAUGGUCAAUGUAAGGCUUGGGUUGUUUCUUUGUAUUACGUCAUCUUCCAUAGUUCUAUCAAAGCUUCAUAUUACAUUGUACAUCUAACAUGUCAAAAUUAAAUUCAGGUUAAAAUUGUGUAACCUUGGCUGGUUUCAAAUUCCUUUGUCUCCCAGCCCUAAUUCAUGAAAAAUCAGGGCUAGGAGAAAAAGGAAAUUGAGAAUUAACCUAGGUUAAGAAUUUUGAACCUGGAUUUAAUUUUGACCUGUAACAUACACAACUUUAAAUGGUUUGCUAAUUCCCAGUAAUCAUGUUUUUAGUCAAGAAAGCUUUAAAAGUUACUUGCCCAACGAGAAAAUCUACUUGUCCAAGACUACCAGACAGACGGGACUUUUUUCAAGCUCUGUUUUCUAACAGGACCAAUAGGGCAAUGCUAAGCUUCUGUUUACCUUGCAGAAUGUUGUUAGAGGCUGAUGCAGAUCUCAACCAUGUUACAAGCAAUGGUACCUGUUUACAUGAAGCGGCUCUUUAUGGAAAAACAGAGGUGGUUAAGACACUUUUGGAGGUAAACUACCCUCUGCAAGUCCCUCUCUCUUAUUAAGGCUUAAUAAAUAAAUAAAUAAACAUCGUUUUUACUCGACUAAGCGCCUCAAAUGCGGUGCUUAUUUGAGGGCGGCGCUUAUUUGAAGGUGGCGUUUAUUUGAAAGUUUGAAGUGACAUUAUUAUUAUUGGCAUUGUUGUUAAUUGUAUUCAGCCAACUAAGAACCUUUUAAUUUUUAAUAGAAAGCUUAAGCAACAACUACAGCGACAGCUACAAAAACGUCAAUCAUAAAGUGAAGUCGCGCAGCGUCAAACUUUGUAGCCGUUAUUUCUUGUUCAUUUCGUCAAAUGUUGGCAUUUUUUUCUGGAGUUGAAUUCUAAAAGACUGUAUCAAAGUUCAACAAAAGGAAAAGAAAGUCGUUGUCUUGUGUUCACGUCCUCCACAAAACGUGAAAGUAGGUAUUUUCACGUCGUAGUCGUGCAGUGACGGCAAAGAAAUGUACAAAAAAGCGUGAUGCACGUGCAAAGUUGUUGUUUUUCUAAUCUCAACCUAUUGCUUUUUUUCCGUUCCCGUUGACGUCGCCCUCGUCGUUGCUUAAGCUCCCUAUUUUUUCGGGGCCGCGGCGCUUAUUCGGGGCGGUAAUCAUUAACUUUUUGUCGCAAAUGCGAUGCUUAUUUGGGGGCUGUGCUUUAUUAGGGCGGCGCUUAUUCGAGUAAAUACGUAAUUCUCUGUCUACAUGGUUUCUCUACUUGAGGAGGAAUACAUUUGUAUGAGCAGUAGCUAGACCUGUGUAUUGACCUAUAUUGCCCGGUUAUUAUUUCGGUUAGCUCGCCGAACUUGUUUAGUUAAUUCUGCGGCUCACAGUACAUGAUUGAAAAAUAUCGUCAAACAGAAGAGAGUGGACGUACUGUGUAAAACAGUGGUAAGAACAAGUGAUAGACAACCAGUUAUCUGUCUAUCAAUUAAUGUAGAUUUAAGGUUUAGUAAAAUCGCCCUGAAGUGGAAGGUCAUAUUUGUUUGUUGUGUUUAUUCCAGUGGGGCAUCGACUCAAAUGCCAGGAAUGAUGAAGGAUACUCAGCACUUGAUGUCGUAAAUCUGUUCACAAGUUCCAAAGCAUCGUCAGAAAUCAAACAACUAUUAAAAGGUUUGAUUCUUUAUCUUUGCGGCAAACGGUCUUCAUUUUCUUCUUUGAAACAAACAACCAGCCAAGAAACAAAACUCUAUUUACAACAUGCUUAAGGUACAAUACAAAACGAUUGCGUCAACAAAACGUUUUGUCGCUGUUCAAUUUACAUGACCCUUAUAAAUAGAAGGGAGUUUUUUUUUUUUCAUUGAUAAUUUCAAUCGUUUCAGAUGCCGCUGCUGCAGACCGUACUGUGUAUGCCAGAGCUGUAAGAGAUCACUUCAACAUGCUAGAUCCUACAGCUCUACCCUUCAAGACUGGAGACACUAUUAUCGUAAGGCCCAAUGGUUGUCUUUUAUAACUGUGUUUAUAUAUUCCACCUGAAACAAGAAGGCACAUACAGCCGAUUUUAAUUGAUAUUCGACUGUAAUGCCUAACAAUUUACUAUUGUACUGGGACGUGUUGUGAUCAGCUAGUCAAUCCAUGGUUUUUUUUUUUUGCUUUUUUUCUGAAGUAACAAACAAACAAUGGCCUUAACCGUGGUCAAACAAGAGAAAAUUGCAAACGUUAAACAAAGUGCUUCAAAGCUUAGGUUGUCAUUUUCGUCGUUUAAAGAUUGAAACGUUACUACUAAAAAAGUUAGUAGUCAAACUCCUCUUAAAAAGUUCUGGUCACUCAAACGCACUUUAUUUUCCUCUCUGAUAAUCGUGUAUUGAGAUCUUACAGCUCUGCUCUCUUGUUGUUUGAAAACUGAAACAGCGGACUUGUUUUCGACACUUUACACGGGCACGAGGUUUUUAUUUUGUUGUUUUUUGUUGCUCUUGAUUUUGAGAAAAAGGAAAAAAAAAAAUGAAAAUAGUCGCAUUUACCAUGUAUUUUAAACAUCUUUUCCCUUGUUAAUAAAGUCCCACUAAAUAUAGAGAGAAAAAACCCGCUACGUUUGACAGCGAUGUAGAUGAAACUAUGGCCUGUUUGCGCACGUCGGUCUUCCUGCUCCUUGUGGUAUUUGCGCUCUUGUUUUUUAUGGCCUUCUCACCUACCAAUCGAAAGUAAAAACAAAGCAACCAUGCCUUGCUUACACACGAUUUCCCGCGCUUUGUGCUCUCGAAAUUCGCCUAUUGCAUAUCUCCCAUAAUGCAACUUAUUUGCCCCCCAAAAUUUUGCAUAAGCAUUGUUUUCAAUUUCUUUCGAGACGGCUUUAAUAGAGUGUUUUCACUCACGUGGCCAGCAUCUAUGCAAAUUUAUUGAAACAAAAGAAAGCAUUUGCAUAAGAAAGGAGUUCAACUCCCAGAGGACUGGUUUGGGACACCAACAUGGCCGCCAUUUCAUUGUUUUGGGACACCAAUAUGGCCGCCGUGAUGUCAUGUGAAAACACUCUAUACCCAAGAGAAGUGAAAAAUAAAGGUUAUGCAAAAUUUUAGGGGCAAUAAGGUGCAUUAUGGGAGAUGGGAAAGUGGCGAAUAGGCCAUCUGCACGAUGGUGUCAUUCUACUACUACGACCAGAAUCCUUUUCGUUAGGGGCUCCUAUUUUCGUUUUGCCCUUCACAUUUAAGUUUGUUAAUCCCGUCGAGGUUUAAAUAGCAAAAGCCCUUAUUUGCACAAGAAUGCAAAACCCUGGAGGAUCCUGGUCGCAGUAGUAAAAUGACGUCAUCGUGCAAAUGACCUAUUUGCUGAUUGGCUAAUUGAAUUUACUCCAACAGUACAGUCACGUGAUAUUAAAAGGUUUUUUUUUGCAUUGCCGUGAUGUUUCUUUUUUCGUCUCUCAUUUUAGGUAUUGGAACAAAACGAGAAUGAUAGAUGGAAAGGAAAAAAAAAAAAUGGAGAUGUAAGCACUUGGUGGUUAAUGCAUUGUUUAUAUUUAAUCAAGUUUUUAUUUUGUAGUUUAAUAUACCGGUUUCUUUCUAGUCAUUUCUUAUUCCAUUUAGCUUGCGGUUUUUGACCUCUAACGGUUGUCUUCUUUACAUUGGUUGAAUUUAUGCUGUGGAGAUGAGUUAUUUAGCUAAAGCUUAACUGAAAAAGUAAAAGAUCAAAAUUUUUACUUAUUAUUCCACAGAAUGAAAAAGUGGGCUACUUCCCAGGAAACUGUGUUAGGCUACCUUCGUCUAGGCGAGGUUGGUUCAGGAAAUUUGUCAUUCAUAGUUUGUCAUUAGUUAUAUAUACUUUUGUUAAUGUAUUAACAGUCGUAUAAUCUUGCGAUUAGACAUCACCAUCAUCAUCAUCAUCAUCAUCAUCCACCACCACCACCAUUGUCAUCAGAAUAUGUGACAUUUUCUUCAUAAUAUGUGACAUAUUGAUAUUCCAGUCAUAUGAGUUUGAAGAAUGUGUGUCACUUGAUUCUAGUUUAGUGGCCUUAGCAUCCACGAGUCUUGUGUAGCUCAGUGGUAAAGUAUCUGGACAAGUAAACAGAAGGUCAUAAGUUCGACUCCUGUCAAAUUUUCUGUUAGGUUCAAGUUGAGCUGAUAGCAGUGACUGCUUUGCAGCACCUGUUUCCUCAACGCAUGUUUCCUCAACGCAUGACAGCAUAUGUUUUAACCAUUUAUAUUUUUGUUUUUAUGCGUACAAUUAUUGUCCCCCCCCCCCACGCACACACCUUCUCUCCCUCCUACAUUGCAUCUUCCCGACUUUUUCAGCGGAGAUUUGGGAACAUUUUCAUUAGGGAUCCUAUAAUUUUAACACCUGUAAUACCACAAAAUUUGCUAGGGGAAUCUUUUGGUUUUACGUUUUUUUUUUUCAAUAAAAUACUUGAGUUUAGCGACAAUUAAAUUAAGUUUCAGGUAAGAGAUCAUCAAAGGCAGAGUCCAGUGCUGUUCCAAAGGGAUCUUACGAGAUGGUCGCUUUAGCACCAGGUAUAACGAACCUGUGUUUAACGAAGUCGUCAGUAUAACGAACGAUGUUCUUCCACCCACUUAUAAUAAACUUUAAGGAAAAGAACCUCGAUAUAACAAAACCUUGUUACAGCAGACAUAUUUUGCCUGUCUUUUGGCUCUUCGUUAUAUCGAGGUUCCAUCGUGCUGGAACGAGAUGGGGGAAAAUGUCGCCUACACAUCCUUUUAGUCACUGUGUUAUGUCCACAUGUACUUUGAGACAAGUCUUCCGCAGUUCUUUUGGUUAACACUUCCAAGACUUCUAGCUGUCUACUACUAUGAUUUUCAAAUUAAGUUCAAACGAUUUACAGUCUCGCGAAACUGAAGAAGAUACAAAGGAACCCAUUCUUUGUUUGCCGGAGAGAUUUCUUGAAGAUUUGCUCUAUUUUGGCAUUUGAGAGUCUUGGUUUUCUUUGAUUCACGUUGGUGAAAGGUCGAUUAAGAUGUUUACAGAUAGUAACAUAUUCUCACUACCUGGUAUACACUUGAAUAUACAAUGAGAUAUGGAGGGGUGAAAAUGGUCGCUGGAAUAUCUAAUCGGGCAUGUCUAUUGUUAUGAAGAUAUUCUUGCUUCAUUUCCGUUACUGAAAAUAAGUUGUUUGUUGUUGUUGUUUUUUUUCAGUUCCUCCAUCUCCAGGAAUGAACAGGAAUUCCCCAAGGUUAAGUAGCUUUGGUAAAAAGGGAGCACGCAACCGUGGCGAUGAAAGCGCUGAAAGCGCUGAUCAAAGCCCUAGUCCUGCACCUGUGCCGUUGCCUGAGAAAGGUUUGAAGGCCAAAAAGGGUUCAGUCAAGCUGGGCGCUGGUUUGCAGUACGUGGAAGUAGCAGUCGAAAAAGUGCCUUUAUCACCCCCUCAGAGCUCAGCGGGAGGAAGUAAGGCAAACAGCAAAACACAAUAUGCUGAAGUUCUCUUACCACCGAAUAAUUACGUGGAGGAGGUGAACGAAUGUGAAGACGUUCCUCAAUUGCCGCAAAAAAGUAAUAAAAAGCCUCUUUCUGUAGACGAACCGGAAGAUAUCUGGGUACGAAAACCACCUUCCCACCCCCCGCCAUCUUUACCUCCCAAAAAACGGACUAAGAGCGACGUUGCUGAUUCUGAUUUCUCAGCUGCCAAGGCUGUAAGACCACCCGCAGUCCUUCCAACCGUAACCGAACCCGCGAGUCAUGCGAAUCCCGAGGGUCGGUCGGUUCCUAGUGUUUCCAAUCAUGCCAAAAAGCGGGUAGCUACUCCCGAGUUGUCAAGGAAAGGAUACGAGGAAAUGACUGUUGGCCCAAUUAGUGGCGGAAGGGAAACUCCCCCUGUCGAAGACAUAUGGAAACCACAGCCAGUGAAUAUUCGAGAACAUUCUAGGCAGCAGCCAUUACCGUACGAAAACGUCAGCUUACCGCAAAGUAGAAAGGUCCCACUAAGCGACAAGCAAAGCAUGCGUAUCUCAGACAUUGAUCAACCUGCAGAGGGUGAGGAUGGAUAUGUUGUUGUUAACCAACAGCCUUCAAAACCAGCUGAUUCGAGGAGCUAUGAAAACGUCACGCCUGGCGCUGUCACGCAAGGUGCCGUCACGCCACGUACCUCUUCUUCAGCCACGAAACGUGCGGCUUAUGAGAACGUUAAGAAUGAUGGCUAUUACGUGCCGAUGACUGGAGUCUCAAAACAAAUUGAUCGGACGGAUAAUAAAACCUUGGGAGUAGAACUUCCAGAGGACAGGAAUUCCGCUGAUGAAGGUAUAGAGUAUUCUUAACCCUUUAAGUCCCAAUAUCCACAUACAAAUUCUCCAAACUGAUCUCUAUAUAUUUCCUUAAAGAAUGAGUUGAGAGAAUUUGAUAAAAGAUCAAAGCGUUUUCCCUCUGGUGAUCAUUUUAUAUAUUUAUUCUCAUAACCUAAUCUCUUGACAAUGUAUGGAUAUCGUUAGGAGAAAAUUGAUUUUGGUCACGAUUGGGACUUAAAGGGUUAAUCAGCUAAACUGACUUGUCUUUGCGUCAUUUGAAUUCUAAAAAUAAUGGUCCAGUUUUUAUUAUUUAAGACUAUAUUCAGGCACUGAAACUGUUGAAUGUCGUCUGUUUCUACGGAUGACAAGGAUGGAAAGAGAUUUAAAAUUAUUAUGUUUACUACUCCCUGGUGAAAUUUGUUUGAUAUCUUCUUCAUAUCUCUAAUAGCCUGCGUAGCAGGCGCUUGGAAGUAUUUGGGCGCUAGAAAGAAUGGGCGCGUGUCUCCCUGGCGCGCCCCGUUGUUUCUUGGGCCCACCACUUCCAAGUGCCUGUUACGCAGGCUUUGUCUCUAACGGAGCAUUUUGUGUACGGGUAAGACAGUAAGUAAUGACUUCAGCAUAGAAUUGACCUAAAACAGUAAUAUCCUCCUGACAUAGCCCCUUUUAAUUUAACCGUAAAGUUGGGUGUCACUCCCCAUAUGAAAUGGACGGGGAUGACCGUCUUCUCGCUGUGCGUUGUUAAUGGCAGAUGUUGGACUCACUUAGUUAGGGUGGUCAGGACCGAAAGCCAAUUUCUUCACACAUACAAGUAUCGUUUAGGAUUGUGCAUUAAGAAAUAUCUUGAUUGGAAAAAAAAAAGGAAAAAAAAACACUCCUCCAUACUGUGGUAAAGACAGCUCUCAUUAGCGCGAUUGGAAUCACUAUCGCCUUUACUUGGUUGUCUCUUUUAGCAUGAUCUUCUUUAGAGGACAAAUAAAGUCUGAGCGCCCGCUCACUGAGCCACGUCCUCCUUUAGCUGUUUGAUUCUAAUUUUUCCCACGAGAAAUCCCCCUUUUUUUGAUAUAAAGUAACUGAAGUGAGCCUGACGGAUAUUGAAAAGGACAGUAUACAGCACGAGUUUUCCUAAUCCUGGUCCACUCUGAUCAUAGUUUUAUAUUAUGAAGUGGAAUGGUUAUGAAGCCGGGGGGGGGGGGGGGACCUGAAAAAGUUGGGGAUAUAAGGGGGGGUGCGGUGGGAAGGGAAGGGGUGUUCAGCAGUUUUACUGAGGAUAGGGGGGUAAAAUCAAGGGGGUUGAGUCAAAAAAAGGGUUUGAAUUUUUAGGAAAGCGACCAGUUGGUCGAAUUUUUUUUUCAUCCUGGGGAAUGGGGGGGGGGGGGGGGGGGUACUGACAUAUAUGGGUUAUAUAGGUGUGUGCCGCUGUGAAGGGUACGGUUUUCAAGCAGUUUACUCUAGGAUAGGGUGUAUAAAUCAGAGCGUUUGAGUCUAGAAUAGGGUAUCAUUUUUCAGGAAACUGAUCAGUUGGUUGAAGAUUUUAUCGAGACUAGGGAAACAGCUACUCUAGGAUAGGGGGAAUUUGGGGAGUUUACUCUAGUAUAGGGUAGCAAAAUUCAGCUGAACUAGCUCUGGUAUAGGUUAAGGGUUCCAGGGUCUCAGCGGCACAUCCCCACCCAGAAAUUCCUAAAGUACCCCCCGGGUUAUGAAGCCUGUCAGACUCCCUUGUUGUAUGUUUUUGUGGACUUUAAGGUGCACAACGUUCAAUAGCAUUCCAAUCAUUUAGGUCAUUUUUAUCUUAUUGAUCAAUAAAAACGUCGCAUUAAUUCAUUCCGUCACAAUUUGUGAACAACAACAACAAAAAAAGGAUUGUGCAUCGUCAGGGAGCUCCCCAUUAUGUUUUUAUCGUUGAUGUUUGCCGCCUUUCAUAACCAGUCUCCGUAAGCAGGGUCUAAAAAUUGUCUGCUAGUGAAAAACUACGCUCAGAAUACUUUUCGUUACUUCAAGUUUCAGCGUAGUGGUUAUUCUUUAUACGUUAAUCAUUGUUUUUUCUUACAAAUGUCUCUAUGCUUGCUAGUUUGACUAGUUUCUUUUGCUGCAGGCGAGAGUACAGAUGCGAUGGAUUAUGAGCUGAUGAAAAGCGAUGCAUUACCUGUUAAACAUCAAUAUGUUAACAUUAAAAAACCUGGUAAGUAAAGAGUCUUAAAUCUCAACCUGCUAAUUACAAAGUAUGCAUUUUCAUUCUCUGGAAUUCUGGAAACGUGUAAAUAUACGUGCCUGACACUCCGUAUGAGGACAAUAUUUGACGUCAUGUUUAUGAGUCGUCUGCGUUUCUGGAGAAUUCGUGGUCGCAAUUCUUUGGAUACAAUUAAUUGUUUCGCCAUUAUCCGAUGAGUUAUAGAGGCUUAGGUUCUUGCAUGGAAUAUUGGAGAGCUUAAGCAAUAAACUGAAGACGGCGGCUGUGUGUCUACGCCUACGAUAUUCAUUUUUGUGCAUUUCUUUGCCAGCCUCUGCAGAACAACAACGCAGCUAAGAUUAACUGAAGGUUUUUUUGGAAAACGUGAACUCAUAACAGUGAAAUCCGUUAUUAUCACUGCUAAGUCUUACUAAUGCAGCUUCGCCAGAUUUUUGCGCUAACAUACUUUUAGUUUACUUGCUCGUUUUCUAAAUACUUUAUCUACAAGUUUGUUUCAAAAGUUUAAAAAGGUGGAAUAAUUGCAAAGUAGGUUUUCUUCUUCGCAGCUUAGGUUCUCUAUUGUCACUUCGGCUUCUGCACUUAAUUAGUUGGUGAUGUACAUAAGAAACGCUUCGUAGCAUCACUAUCGCGUGAUAGCAUUUUUAUUGCUGAAUCAAAGCUCUAGGUGAUAGAAUGUGGAUGUGAAUAAACAAAAACACUUGUUUAUUUGUUCAAACUGUGGUGAUAUUUGUUCAAAUGUCUCAGUCUGUGGAUAAAAUCUUACCAUGUGAUUAUCAUAUCUAGCAAUACUUUCCAUUAGUAUUGUUUUUGCUGCACAAUUUUGUAAGCUGAAGAAAGGUUUCAUGUCGGAGGGCUUAUGGCUGUGUCUCAGGACUCGGUCAUGCUGUUCUCCUGUAUUGCUUGCACUCAUUGUACGCAUUAUGUUUAUGAAAUGUUUCUCAACACUGAUAGUAACAUAUUUUAUCAUGGAAAAGAAGUAUUUUUAAUAUCUGUUUAUCUUUGAUUUUGGUGCUUGGUGCCUGCUUCCACUUGGCUUGUGACAUUUUUUUUGUUCGUUUCGUUUUAGGAAACGCGGGCGCGGGUGAUCGCUCGGAGCCUACGGGUCAAAUCCCGCUAAAGGUGAGUCAAGAAAGCACACAGAACACACCAGGUUUUUUUUAUGCGUCGUAAUACAUUCAAAAGAGUAUAGCAUGGGCAUUCUUCCUUCCUUCCGCUCACAAACGCUGAAAAAAGCCCUGACAAAUCCCGACUCGAUCGGAGUUUUCAUUACUUGCGUAGGAAUUAUUGGAAACGAUAUCGUGCAGACAGACGCACUGUAUUACGGAAGUCGCUAGGUCAAGUUUCAAGAGCCUUUGGCGAUUAAUAGGCUCCAGGUGGUGGACCCACCCGUCAGAGAAUUGAUAUACUUAAUAGUCAAGUGCUACAUUACUCCACAGUUUACUGAGAAAAAUAUCUGCAAGUUAGAGUCAACGUUUCUUCGAAAAGAGUGAGGAUCAUGGUUAAGAGUGGAUUAUACUUGUCUUAAGAUAGUGAAGUGAUUCCUUCAACCUCGUCAUAAAUAGCAUUGACGUCAUUUAUCACUGAAAGGAGAUUUCUUUGUGGGCUUUUUGUUGAUGUAGCUUGUGUGAAUAAGGAUUUAUCCUUAUUUAGUUAUAGGGGGUGUUCAGUAGCAUUUAAGAGAGCGGAAAUAAUCGAGAUGUUUGUUUCCGUGUACCUGUUGUUUGUGGUUGGAUAGCAUACUACCGAUUCGUUUAUAAACAAGUUACAAUUUUAGCUUAGUUUUAAACAUGCACAUUCCCUCUUUGCUUACUUCAAGUGAACAAGUGUGUUACCUUGGUGAGUCUCUGAACUACCCAAAACUCUUUUUUGGACAGUUUUGUUUUUCACUUUUAUUAUAGACAGUUCUAGUGUUACUAGAAAUGUUUUUGGUGAGUUCGAAACGGUCGUUUGUCUCUAGUGAAAUUUUGUAUUAUUUACUUUUAUCGCUACUUAUUUACUAUCAGUGCAAAACCGUCUUGACUUGACAGCAAUAAUGAUGAUAAUUGAAUGGAUUCCGGGUUUUUUUGUUUUUACUGUAUCAUUUUGACCCGUCUUGAAAGGCCAACAGUGACUAGAAUAUCCUCCCCUUUUAUAAUGACACUGCGUAAUCAACUAAGCAAACAUUUCGUGUAAAUAUCGGAAUAUCAGCAAAUAAGGUCUUGAUUUUUAAACAAAUUCUCGUCAUUAUUGCCGCCAGAAAUGUGAGGAAAAAAGUGAGGAGGACAUAUAUCAGUAUUAGGGGUUGAAAGGUUAACCACUGAGAUCGUGGGCAGAUGCUACUCUUUCGUCAGAUAUAUAUAUAUCGGCUUGCAAAAAGAAGCUUUUCGCGCACCAGUACAUUUCAUGAAAAGUAGCCUUUGCUCGCGGGUAAUCAUUUAUCUUUCUCACUGCCAAAUUGUUUGGACCUCAACUCAUUUCCAAUUGUUGUCCCCAUCUUAUGCCACUUAACAUUACAAAUUAAGUAUUUAACUCAGUGCCAUUUAGGGAUAUUUCGGUACGUUUUACCUGUGCGUUCCCAAUGCACGACCUUUUUUUCUGGUUGUUACUCACUCUGGUCCUUUAUUUCUUUGCCUUUCGUUCUCUAGAUGCGAGACUACAACGCGCUCUACGACUGGUUGGAGAGAUUCAAGUUGACCAUCUAUAUCGACAAUUUUGUUAAAGGUGGUUUUGACAUGACGAGUAUGCAUGGACUCACAGCAGAGGUAACAAGUGAUUAUUUCACUCCUAGCCUAGAUUUUCAUUUUGUUAAUUUGAACAGAAAACAGGCUGAACAUUAUUUUUAUAUCAUAAAUUCUAGUACGUUUUUUACCAAGAGCUGAAUCUCUAGUGACUGUUUAACAGGUUUAAUUUGAGAGGGAAGACGUGGGAGUCUUUCCGAAACGAGAUGGAAUCGAAUAUUCAUCGCACUCACAAGGCAAGGAGUGACAAGUCACUCGAGUAUCAACUUUAAAUAAAAUAACAAAAUACCGAGGUUUUAUUGAGCCUUUGAGCCCUAACUGAAGUUAUCCCGGAGGGAACUCAAGUGAAGUUUAGGGGUUGCUGCCGAGUCCUUCAAACCCUGACCCUGUUUACGACAACAGGAGACGUACUUUACGACCCAGAUUCGUUUCGUCGUACAAGAAAUUAAGACGGAAUUCACCAGGAAAUUGAGUAAUUUUAAUUUUCAGUGGACAAAAACCUUGUACCAGAAUAAUUUAAAGAAUAUUGAAAUCCUUUUUACAUUUUUCAAGGGCUAUAGAUGUAAUUAGUUAUCUGUAAUAACAGCAAAGAAAAUUUCUUAUGGGAGCCCGAGAAAAUAAUUUCAAAUUUCACGAGAAUUGUGAAAACUCAGGUAAAAUUCUGAAAAUUUCAUGUGUAAGAUGUCAUUUUGUGAAAUUUGACAUUUAUUCUUUCGGACUCCCCUAAGAAAUUUUCUUUGGUGUUAUUACAGCUAACUAAUUACAUCUUUAGCCCUUAAAAAAGUAAGGAAGAAUACAACAUGCUUUAAAUUAUUGUGGUGAAAGGUUUUCGUCCACUGAAAAUUAAAAUUACUCAAUUUCCUGAUGGAUUCCGUCUUUAGCUGACAUACAUGGAACUAGAACCCGGAAAACAAUACCUUGUUCAGCGGUACAUACCUGCCUAGUGCCCACGGGAUGUUGUAAAGUGCUGCUUCUAGACACAGUAAAAGUGCUCCUUGUUUGUAGCUGACACUCCAGAGACACAAAAUACAUGUCAUUUUUCUGAAGCGAUACGCUUUCUUUCAACAAUUUCAGAGAUGUAUUUGGCACCACAGCUGGGGCUAAUCGAGCAGACUAAUGAGGGCAAUUGAUGGAUCUUAUAUUUCAUAAUCACAAGAUUUGUUAAUUACUUUGGUCCUUUCGGCAGUAUUACUUGUAUAGCUAAUAUCGCACGUGACCGUGCAGUCCCCAACUCACCCCUUCCUGCUCUCCCUGCCACAGACACACGGACACCAUUGGUCAAUAACUCUGCAAAAAAGAGUUUCUUAAUUAGAUACAUAAUUAUACUGGUCUGUUUGUGCUACCUUUUUCUAGGAUUUGACGGCUAUAAACGUCAAGAAAACGGGACACAGAAAAAAGAUCCUAUCAGAGGUGGCGAGAUUGGAAGAAACAACUAUUUUUCCCAACGAAAAACCAGUAAGUUAAAGUCGUGAUAUGAUUAGAUUCUAGUUCUAAAUAUCUUGUAAGUUGCUCUCCCCAGUCUUCCUCCUGUUUACUCCUGGACUACGAACCUGGCAUGUAUUCGUAUUAUCAUUGCUAUAAUACGACAAUCUGACUUUCUCGACACGAUAGGAGUUUUUGUAUACCGUAAAAUUCCGAAAAUAAGCCCCUCCAUGUAUAAGCCCCUCCAGAUAUAAGCCCCCGCAAAGCGGUGCUGCAAAAAACCCUCCAUUAAAUCGCCCCUCCAAAUAUAAGCCCCCGGGGGCUUGUACUUGGAAAAUUGCCCUCAAAUACAAAAUUUACUUCCAACUAUAAGGCUAGCGCAAUCGAUUUUUAAACGCAAAUUUCCCUCCGUAGAUACGCCCCUCCGAAUAUAAGCCCCUCCAAAAACAAGCCCCUCAAAAAGGGCCUUUGAAAAAUAUAAGCCCCGAGGCUUAUUUUCGGAAUUUUACGGUAUGCUACAAAGGGUUGAAAGGGCUACACAGGCGAGUUCUUGAAGAGAAGGCUUUUUUGAGGUUUGGCGCGCCACUAAAACCCCCCUCUAAGUGCCCCCUAGGUUUUAUUGUACAUUGAAAAUUUGUGAUGCUUUUCUUGCAGAAAGAUAUCAUGACUUGGCUGCGUCUUAUUGGUUUAGAACAGUAUAUUCCCGAGUUUAUGGACGGCGGAUUUGAUGACAUGGAUUUCCUACAAGACAUGACUGUGGAAGACCUAGUAACGAUUGGAGUCACAAAGCCAGGCCACCAGAGAAAGAUAUGGAUGGCUGUGAACGCACUGAAAGGAGGAGACGAGAACGGAAAUUUGUUAACAAUACAGACGGAGACAGAGCUGACACCGCAGGAAAGAAAAGGUUAUUUAGAAACCUGUUUGGACGGAGACGAUUCAGGCGUUUCCACGGAUGAGGUGGAACCCGAUAACGCGAGAACGGAUGACAGCGAAAUGGACUUUCCACCUCCACCAACUUUUCCGCUCAACGAGGAGCCGUUCGUGGAAGAUUCUUCGUCAGCUGAGUCUGAAUCUGCGCCCGAGCGAGGCUUACGAAAGGACGACACUCAGACACUAUCGCCGUGUGAAAACAUACAGGAAGAUCAACAGGAAGAUCGGCCUUCAGAAUUUCCACAAAUAUCAAAUAACGCGGAAAGCAUUCCAUCCACCGAAGUUCAAGAAAAAGUCCCUGAUAAAAACGAUGUGGAUCCAUCUCUAGGAGCAAACACACUGAACAUUAACCCUACUCCGGACAGCGAAGAUGACGAACCCCCUCCCCGUCCCCCUCCACCCAUGGAAGAUAUUGACAUCUCGCUUCCUGUACCCGACACUAAACUAAAUAACUUGGCGGAUGAUUCCAAAGUUCCAGUUAGUUCUGUGAAGGAUGCGGUGCGGAGAGAAAAUGAUAGAAUACGGGCCUUCACAGUGGACUCCACGUUUCAGAAGCCAAGGAAACCAGGCCCACCGCCUCCAGUCAAACCAAAAAGCGCCAAGAAGCCCCCUCCACCUGCCGUUAAACCCAAACCAAGAAAAUCACCGUCUUUCUCAGGAUCCAGUGACAAAAGCUCAGGAGAUGAGAGCUCUGGAGAUAGGUCACCGAUAAAAGCACAUUCUCCUCUUAGUUCAAAGACUUCUGUUGACAGUAAGUAUAUUUUUAAACGUUGGGGCAUUUCAGUUGAGUGUUGAUAAUGAUGUCUUGAUUAUUUUGUCGGUGAUCGGCUGAAACAUUUUGCACCACUUUCUAACCAACCAAAAGUGAAAUUUAAAUAUACUUGCUCAAGAUCUGACUGAUUCUACACUGCGAGCAGAGGUUUCUCUUUUGCAUGGUUCUUAGAGUUUACGAAGUCGUUCGCGUGGCUUGUCUGUUGCGCAGUUUGUAAAUACAUUAUAACUGAAACUCUCGGGGGGAGGGGUGCACAGUAUUUCGUGUAACAUCAACUUACAAUGGCGUUUUUAACAUGAAGGAUUCUAGACGUUAUAGCUUCCUUAGGGCUUCGUUAAGUUCACUAAGCUGGGGAACAGUGACUUUUUCAGUUCCGCCUCGUAAACGUCACUCCUUUAUGCGGGUUAAAAACGUUUUAAUGGGUGUCGAUUUGUAAUUUGUUUUAGAGGGUCAGAAGUGCUCCUAGUGGAUGCGGGCCACAAGUUCAUCAGCCAUGCCCUGCUGUAUUGUCUACUACCUUAAUAACUUUUUAUUAGUUUAGUGCGCCAUAAAAGACAACUGUGGUCACCGCAAUUGCAUGACACCCCGCUCAACCCUCUCACUCCAUCACUCCACACCUAGUUUCAACUUUUGACGCUAUUCGCCACUCACCGAGUAGGAAACUGGACCGAGUUAACUUUCGCAAAGACUUCUGGGACUGUUUUAGGAACAGGUAAAAAAUUGACCAAUAGCUGACCGGUGCGUCCCCAGUAACGAUCCCUGAAGUCUGCGAAAGUUAAACUAUAGGCUCAGUUACCUUCUCUUUUGAAAAGUGCUAAUGAGUGAGCUCCUCUGGUGUUUCCAUUGAAACGAAACCAUCGUGGCAGUACUUUCGUUUGGUCAAUUUUUGUUUCUCAGUAUCUUACAAAACAAAUUUAUGGUAUUUUGGAGGUUUUAGGCCUUUGUGAGUGAAAGGGUUAAAUUUAUUCUCAUUCAAACUUUAUAGUUACGUCUCUUGUAUUUCUUUAUGAGUUUAUUGAUAGACUGGAUGCUUACAUGCGUGCAAGCAUCCAGCCAGCUUUUGGAUUGCUUUCAACCCAAGUUAAAAUAAAAUUGUGUCCCUCACCGGCACAGCAUGACAGUCUCUUUAGAAAAUUCCUCAUUUUUGCAUGCUAUUAAUAAGUGGAGCCUCUUAAUGCAUGAUUUAAUGUUGUAAGGGUAAAUAUCGUGAAUCUGUAACAAAUGAAAAUUGAAGCACAAGGUUGCUGGCAUAUCCACUGAAACUUCUGUCAAUCAUUGCAUGCGAAGCUGUAGCCUUGAAGAGAACUAAUAAUGAAUCAGAGCUACCUGUGUAGACCACACAGUACACCGUCUGGUUUAGCUCAAAUUUAAAACGCGAACCAUUGCUGUGGAGCGAUUUUUGAUGUUGGCUUAGAAACUGAAUGAAUAGGGCUUCGUGCUUUCGUAUGUCGCUUUCUUUAUCUAAUCACUGAAGAGUCCGCAGUUACAUAGGAUCUCAAAGUGACCAUUUUUCAUGGCCCAGUUCCUCAAAAGAUGGUUUAAGUUUAACCAGGGUUACGCCAAAUUUCAGAAAUGUUUUCCUGUCCAGGAACAUGUUACUGAAGCUUGGAAAAUGUUAUUGAGCCGUAACUCUGAGAUCUAGUUACGACAAGACAAAAUGAUUCUCUGAAAGAUCUAUAGGAAGGUAAAUACAGUCGUGGAUUAAAAUUGUGAUACUGUAUUAGGGCUAACUGGUCUUUCAGAAACCGAGCGCAUGCUUAUAUGCCUUGCAUGCGAGCUGGACACCUUCUAAGGGCGUGUUCAAUUGACCGUAUUUCGGAAUGAGAGUAAAUGUAGUAAAUACUUGAUAUCAUUUGUUUAACAUUCAUUGCAUUGCAAUGUCUAGAAAUCUGCUUGAAAUGGAAAAUUCAGAUGUGUCUAGCGUUUAAGUGGUCCAAAAAUCACGAAUACAAGAGAUUGAGACAAACCUCUUGCGUAUUCUUAUUCCGGAAUACGAUCAAUUGAACGCACCCCAAGUCACGUGAGUCAAUUUAUUGCAUGUGAGUAUAGUUACCGUAGUAACAGUCAAUCACGUUGGCCAUCAGGGCGCAGCAGCACAGGUUCCAAUCCCAACUUGUGGCCGUCGUCUCCAAGCAACCGACUCAGCGGAAACGGAAGUUUGCAUUCGCGUAGCAGCAGUACCAGCAGCCAAGGCUCGGUGGAAUCUAUAAUCGAAGAGAUGGAGGAAAAACGAAGAAGCUUUGAAAAGCCAGGCCGGAAAAGUAGCGCUCCGGAACGACUGAACACAUCUUAUGAGUACAGUGGAGGGAAGAGAUUGAGCGCGGCAGAUGCCACGAGAGGUAAACAGUGGUUGACUGCGUGUAAAAGAACGAGUUCUCUUCACUGUACUGUAACUGAUUGACUGCAUAUUAAUCCACUCGCUACACGCGGAUCCCGGCAUCAACCACCGAAAGCACUGCUUAUCUUGAGAAUAAUGUUAACCUUUCUUUAACUUGUAAACUACUAAUAUAAAAAAAAAUGUGGUAACAAUUUGUUUUCAACAGUGAAAAAGAUCUUCUAUCUAGUAAAUUAAAGGAAAUCAUUAUAAUUCUCUUAAGAAAAAGCUGGAGAUUUAAACUGCGCUUAUAAACAUUCUUUUAAGCACUUCAUUUUAAUGUUCGUAGCAUUUAUGCCAUUGUAGUUAACAAUUCUCCUUCUUAAAAUCUACAUGGCCACGCAGGCUACUUUAUAUAUUGAACUGAUGGUUAAUAUUCAGAUUCUAUCUUUUGUGCUAUUUUCUUUUAUAACCGUUCUUUGAUGCAACAAUGUAGACACUCGGGGUCUGGUGGACGGUCUAGGGAACACUGACAGUGAGUACCGCGUGGUAUCAGUGACUUGCCCGUAGGAGGAAGUAACCUGACAAGCAUAGGUUCCCGAAAACCAGAAGAAGCUUGCGCGUAAAGAAACGUCCCUCCCCUCUUACUUAGCCCUCCCCCGAGUACUCAACAAAGUUUUACUCAGGGAGGCUCCGCCCCGAGCUCCGACCCCUUACCCUUUUAUCUGCCAUUUUUGCCAGAAAAGGUACUCCUUUUGAAUACCUUCUAUUGACAAAUGAUACAAAUUGCACAUAGGUACUUUUGAACGCUCCAUCCCUUUUAAGUGCUAUAAAUGUAGCGUUUUUAAGAUAUGAAAAACAAAACAAAACAAAACCAGGAAAUUUUUCUUGACUCAGUUUCACAGCCAUAAAUUCUUCUCUUAACCUUUUAGGUCCAUUUACAGACGGAAAGACAAAUUUCACCACCCUUUUAUAUACUUCAACUAGUGAAAUCCAAACCCUUUGAUAAACCUGAAGCAUGAAAAGGGUACCCCUUUCGGGUGAAGACUACUCGUAUAGGCCAUUAUAGGGAGUACCCUCCCCUCGGUUCUUAACUCUUCCUUUACUUUGGCUCGUGGUCAAACGGAGCAUGGAGCCAGUCCCCUUCCUUGUUAUGUCAUUUUUAAUGUAUUCUGAAUUUUAUUUCAGCUGAAGGGGAACUAGAUAAACAAAUCAAACAGAUACUGAGACCGCGUUCCAGAGAGGACUUGGCCACUGUCACGACAGGUACCUACGGCCUUUCCGUUAUAUUAGAGCAAAAUUAGGAGAUAGUGCACAAACGUUAUGGAUCUUGUUAAUUCCCUUGCUUGCAGUUUGUAAGCGUAAUCUCAAACGUUAGUUAUACUAUAGCUGUAUACCUGUCUCAUGUGUUUACAUUUUUAUGGUCAAAAUGAUAAAAAAGCAAAGUGAAGCCCUAACUCUGCAUACUCAGUGUAAAGCUGUUUUGUACUAUCUGAGACCGUGUAGGCAAAUUUACUUCUUUGUGCGAGAAUACCUCGUACGCACAUUGUAUUCGGACGAAACGACCGGAAAUCUAGUACGUGGUUUAAUUGAUGUGACCUUGCUGAAGUAUGUAUCUUAUUUUAUGUUGUCUGCGAAUAUAUGAUUUUCCUAUCAAAUGUGUUACCGUUGAUGCAGUGGAUUAUUUUUCUUGCAGAAUCCUCUGAGGCUAUUUCUAGCAUUCCGCGGAAUGAAGCAAAGACAACGUCGACAAGCAAGGACGGGGUGAAAGCUGAGGAAGAGUAAGCAUUAUAGUUUAGAGAGAGGAAUAGGAACAAUUCUCACUCUUUCGUAAAAUGUUCAAUUGCGUCGAAAAGUUUCGGGAAAAUAAUACUGAAGCCCUUGUAAUUUCGAAAAGACUUAAGUUCCCCUAGGAAGACAGAACAGAUGCAAAUUUUAUAGCGCCUCUUAGAAUGCAUUUCUAGAUAUCUAUUAAGUACUCUUGAUAGCCUAAAAAGAGUUUUCAGUGUAUUUAGCCGGAGGAAACCAUCUUUGGGUACCCCUGACGUUUGCAAGGUGGUGGUGGGGGUGGCGGUGGGAGUGCAUAAACUUGCCCCUUACAAGGCAAACUUUUGUAUAAUCUCGCGACUUUGUGGAGCUGUUUCUUCGUUAUUAAUCAACAAAUCAUUCUCAAACUCGGCAAUUUUAUUAGUCUUAAGGCGCUUUUUGCAGCGUUGUCGACGAAUUUUCGCCAACUGGCCCUUUAAAAGGUUGAAAAAUCCGUGGAAGGGUCUGUUAUCACAGGGUUAUUCCUGUAAAUCUUUUUAUGACUUGUUUAUGAUUGCUAUCGUAUAAUCAAAUCCUUAUCACCGCGUCAGUGUCAACCUUAAGGGCUUAUGAGUACAAGAAUCAAAGUAGAUUAAAAUUCGUUGUUUACGCGCUCGUCAUGCUUGUGCUUAAAGAUUUUUCAUUUUUGGUCUCUUGUAGUUCGGCGGAGGAACUCAUGAAGGAUAUCAACAGCAUGCUGAGUGACUUCUCUUCAGAGCUAGACUCCAUGUUCGAUUAA